AUGGAUUUUGUCAUAUGGUUCCUAGAAUCAGGCUUAAUUCAAGAUGAUUUUCUUAUAUGCAUUAAACCGUUUUUACAUUUUUCCUAUGAAUUAACUGAAAAACUAUGUUCAUGGUUAAUCGCAUAUUAUCUCAUCAGAAUCGGAUCAAACAACACAGCGGAUAAAAGCAUGCAACAGUUUAGUUCUGAUCUAUGUGAUGGCAUCAGAACCUGUUUAUCAAAUGAUGUUAAUAGUUCGCUUACUGAAUUCCCUCGGUUUCAGAAAAUAUUGCUUGAAACUCUAGUUGCUUUCAAUCAUUUUAUUCAGUGGAUUAAGAGAUCAGGAGAAAAUAUAACUUUAAAUCCUUCAAUAACUAUCAAUUGGUUCUGUGCUGCUGAUCGAGCUACUAUCCUUAAGAGACCUCAAGAAGCUCGUUUAUUUCUGGAAUUAGCCUGGUUAUCAGAUAAUUGUCCAGACGACUGGAUUACAACUAAUGAAACGACGUAUCGUAUUUGGGUUAACCUUUGUCGUUUAUCGGGAGAUUUAAUGGGUUUAAUUGCAUCUCAGACAAGUUUUCUAACCUGGAAUAAUUCUGAACAAUCUUUUAAAGAGAAAUCCACACAUUUUGACGUUCAUCCUCUCUUAGAUAAGACAAAAUUAGCUGUUCAUGAAUUAUUGGGCAAUUGGUCUCAUUUACUUAGUUGUUAUGAUAAAUAUGAUCUAAAUGAAGAGCUGGAUUCUUCAUCAAAUAGUGUACAUUCUAAGUUGGCUUCAUGCUUACAACACUUAGGUGCUAAUCGACUAUUUGAAAAAUUCAGUCGUAAUGAUUCGAUAGACUUAACAGCUAGUAAACAGUCGGAUUUAACAUUAAAAGAACUACGAUCAGCUGCUGCAUGGCGUCUAAACCAAUGGGAUAACAAAUUAGACGAUAUAUCUAAUUUAGAUUGUUCAUAUUCUCAUUCGGUUUGUCCACCUACAAAUUGGAAGAAUUGUGGUUUAGAAACUUCCUUUUACUGGCUUUUACGAGCUGCUUCACAAUCGGACUGGUGUAGAGUAUCAGAAAUAGCUACUGCUCAAAGUGAAUGUUUUAUUGAAGAAUUAUAUUCGGAUACAAUACAAUUUAUUUCAUCUGAUCAAUUAAUUUUAUAUGGUCAAAAAAUUAAUUUUUUAAAUAUUUUAAAUAAAUUAAGUAAUCAUUUACCAUAUAAACACAAUUACAACUAUUGUUUACAAUUAAUAUUAAAUUUAUUUAAUUAUUCAUUCAAUUGUAUUAAUUUCAUAACUAAUACUACUAAUACUACAAAUUAUAUUCAAUUAAAUCAACCAAUAUUUAAUACAUUAGAACCAUUUUUAACUUUAUCAAUUAAUUUUAUUCAAUUAAUAUUAAUGAAAAAUAUUUUUAUUAAUUCUAUUAAUAAUCAAUUAAAAAAUUUAUUAAUUUUUACAUAUCUUUAUUAUGCUGAAAUAGCAACAAUAAAAUCAUCAAAUAUUUAUUUUAUAAAAAAUUAUUUAAAUAAUGCAAUUUAUUGUCAAAAUUUAUUUAAAAAUAAUUUCAAUAAAAGUAUAAAUUAUCAUUGGCAAAAUUUAUUAUGUAUAAAACUUCAAUCAUAUUUAGAAAGAGAACAAGGUGAUUAUGAUUUAUCUAUUAGUCGAUUACAAUCUGGUUUACAAAUUGUUAAUAAAGUGGUAGAACAAACGGAUAAAUCAUCUGAACAUUUAGGCGGUUAUAUUAAUUGCUAUAUUCAUGGUAUAACUGUUUUAUGUAAUUGGUUAUAUGAAUCUCGAACAAAAAGUGCCGCUGAUCUCUUGCUCAACUAUAUUAACCCUGCCAUUAAUUUAGCUCAAAGUUUAAAAUUAAAUCCUGAUGCGAAUGCUUUUAUGAGUUUGGCUAAAUUUUCCGAUGCUCAAUUCACUACUUUAAAUUCAUACCUAACAUCGUCCGAAUUUGCAACUAGACAAAACUUUCUCACACAAGCUCAAAAGGAUGUUGUUGUCCUAUCAGAUUUAGGUGAAAAAAGUCGUUUAUUACGGUUACUUCAACGUCAAUCAGCUCUGGAAAUUGAUGAACUAACUGCAUUGACAACAGAUGCUGAUCAUUUUUUAGAAGCUAGCAUUGAUGCUUAUGCUCAGUGUUUAACUCUAUCUGAUGAUCAUAAUUUAUCGAUUUUUCGCUUCAUUUCUCUUUGGCUGUCUUCUAUCAAUUCGAAGUUUCAAAAUAGAGCUUCAAAAAUCAACAAGAUUAUGUCAGAACGUCUACCAAGUAUUCGAGCUGAUAAAUUUCUUCCUCUUGUUCCACAAUUAGCCGUUCGAUUAUCUAGUAAAUGUGAUGCUGACUCAUCUUUUCAAAAUAUUUUAAUGAAACUAAUAGAACGAAUGGUAGAUUGGCAUCCUCAUCAUUCUGCAUUUACUUUACUAUUUCUUGUCAAUGCUAAGUUAGAUGAUGAUGAUAAUAUUAAUAAUAAUAAUAAUAAUAAUGGUAGUCGUCAACGUUCAACUCGUGUAAAUUCAUUGAGAGCAUCUACUGAAACAAUUCCUAAUCAGUCAUCCACAGAGCUAAGUUGCCGUAUACAAGCUGCUCAACAACUUUAUAACCGAUUAUCUAUUGGUCGACGCAAAGAACUUUUAUUUCAAAUGAAAUAUUUAGCUGAAGCUUAUGUUGACUGGGCAAAUACAGAUGUUGAUAAAUAUAAAACAAAUACAGGUAAUAUCUCCCUUCUAAAUGGAUGUAAAUUGUAUGGUUUGGUAUCACCAAGUUUACAACGUUCUUCAAGUCGUACUAUGGAUUGUUUGCUAGAGCUUGUCGCACUACCAACAUGUACUUUUCCUAUUGAUCGAUCAGGGACAUAUCCAAAUUCUAGUUUAAUUCGUGUGGCAGGAUUCUCUCCCGACUUUCGUCUUGUCGGAGGAAUUAAUUUGCCAAAAGUUAUCAGUUGUUUAGGUACCGAUGGGAAAUUGUAUCGGCAAUUGGUGAAAGGUAAAGAUGAUCCAAGACAAGAUGCAGUUAUGCAACAGGUUUUCACUGCUGCUAACUGCCUUUUAACAAAAUAUGGCAAAUCCAAUAAGAUUGAUUUACCACACUCUUCAGCUUCUCAAGUUAAUUUACUUAAAUAUCGUGCUAACUGGCUGGAUAUGGAUAAUGGACUUCGCAUACGCACCUAUAAGGUUAUACCGAUGGCUCAGCGUAGUGGUGUUAUAGAAUGGUGUGAAGAUACUGUACCAUUAGGCGAUUGGUUAGCCAAUGAGCGUACUGGUGCUCACCAACGCUAUAGACCUCGUGAUAUGCCCCCAAUUCAAGCUAAACAGCGUUUGGGAGUUGUCAAAGAUAAAACUCCUGAUCGUAAAUUAGUAGCAUUCAAUGAAAUAUGUGAAAAAUUAAGACCAGUGCUUGCUUAUUUCUUUUUGGAGCAAUUUCCUAAUCCGCAAAAUUGGUUCAUCUCUCGAAUGGCCUACAUUAGAUCGAUCGCUGUGACUAGUGUAGUUGGUUAUCUUGUUGGAUUAGGCGAUAGACAUCCCCAUAAUUUAUUAUUACAUAAAUCUACCGGUGAGAUUAUUCACAUUGAUCUUGGUGUGGCCUUCGAUCAAGGUCGACUUUUACCAACUCCAGAAAUGGUUCCUUUUCGAUUAACUCGUGACCUUGUUCACGCUUUAGGUCCAUUAGGUUUACAAACAGGAUUUAUUCCAGCUGCUGAAGCUGUAUUACGAGAGCUUCGAAAUGGAUCUGAUGUUAUUCUGACUUUAUUGCAGGUUCUUCUUUUUGACCCAUUAUAUUCUUGGUCUUUAUCACCAGCUCAACUAUAUGCGCUUGAAGCUAAACGAGCUGAAAUUAAUACAACAUUAGACAAGUCUAAAUCAUCAAGUUACUUUUUUAAUGAUCAAUAUAAGAAUACUAGUAAAUCUAUGAAUAAAGAAAAUUUCAAAGUGAAUACAUUACAACCAAAUGAAAAUAGUCUCAUCUUUCCUAGUAAUCAACAGUUAUAUAAUACUAAUAUGAUUGAUGAAAAAGAACCAGUCAAUCAACUUGCUGAACGUGUCCUACUUGGUGUAAAAGGUAAACUUCAAGGUCUUGUUAGUGGGAAUUUAGUUGUCAAUUCAAAUGAAACUUCCAGCAACUGUAGUGGCGGUCUUGAUCAACUUGAUGUUGGUGGACAUAUUGGUUUGCUUGUUCGCGCAGCUACAGAUUAUUCAAAUUUAUCACGAAUGUACUUUGGUUGGCAAGCUUACUUAUGAUGACUUUGUAAACUCUUAGUUCAUUUUUAUGAUCAUUUAAUGACUGUUUCUUUAAUGUAUAUUUAAAUUGUAUAUUGUAUUAUUAUGUUGUCAUGUAUGUUACUACUCGAAUCACGUUUUACAUAUUAUCCCAAUCAUGGCAUUUUGUGUCCAGAA